AUGGUCGUGCAUCCUUUCGUGCUGGCACUGACCGUUCGAUCCAUCUCACUUCUCUUGCCACAGACAUUCUUCCAACCCGAUGAGUUCUAUCAGGCUCUCGAACCGGCUCAUCACCUCGUCUUCGGGUACGGCUACCUGACUUGGGAAUGGCGAGACCUGCCAGGAUCAAAAAGCGCUGGAAUAUCAACUGUACAGAGCCUCUGGAAUGAAGCAGUUGUCGGUGGUCGGAUGAGAGGAUGGCUUUGGCCCGGAGUAUUCGCUGGAUUGUAUAAAGUGCUUCAGUUGACUAGCAUGGACAGCUCAGAGCUUCUAAUCAUUAUGCCGAGGCUUGUUGGCGUGCUAGUCGCAGCAUCCACUGACUACGCAACCUACUGCCUGUCCCGCAAGCUCUUGGGUCCUGGAUCGACGGCGGCAGCAUUGUUCUUAUCGCUUACAUCACUGUUCAACGCCCAUCUGUUGCCCCGCUCACUUUCCACAUCACCCGAAACCCUUCUUACAACACUGGCUCUCCUCUACUUCCCCCUCCCUCGUCCUCCCCCAGUAAAGGAGGUCAUAGUCGAUAUGGAAGGAGUGCCAAUCAGCACGCUGAUGAGACCUCCGAAUGACAAACAUGAGGAGAAGCAGGUCAGAUCGGAGCAGGGCGAGGUGAUCAAGCUUGGAGACGUAUCAGAGAUCGACUUCGCGCUCAUGGACAGGAUGUCCGAAGUGGACGAUGGUCGAGAUAGCCUCGAGCUAUCGGUUGUUUUCGCCUCACUUGCUAUAUGUCUCCGACCAACGACACUGCCUUUCUGGGCUUAUAUGGGCGGCGAGCUUCUACUGCAUACCUGGAGUUCUCUAGGGAUCGUAGCCGCCUCGAAUACGGCUGCGAGAUGCGUGCUUCCAUUCUGUGCGACGUUCGUGUGCUCGACUUUGCUCGACUACUAUAUCACCGGUCGAGUCUUUUUCCCCACGUUCACAUUCGUCCACCGCAAUGUCUUUGCUCAAAUCUCUUCGUUCUACGGAUCCACGGACUGGACCUAUCACCUGGUCCAGAGCCUUCCCAUCUUACUCUUCCCUAUCUGGGCUUGGUGGAUCCCAGGAUUUUCCGCGUGCAUCCUACCAGAGUCUAUGUCUGCAAAGCUUGGACUCGUCAAGUCGGAUCGACCAGAAAGUUUGCGCAUUUUAUCUCGAGGCCUAACUUUUGGGAUCACGGUGCUUUCUCUGUCUCCGCAUAGUGAAUGGCGGUUUCUGCACCCCUUCCUACCUGCUCUUAUCUUAUUCGCCUUACCUCCCAUGUUUCGUCAAUACAUGCCUCAUCACAUGGGCAUGUGGCGACUACAUCAAUCCAUUCGGGCAUAUACUCGGCUACCACAAUCUGCCUUCUAUUCAUGCCUCUGCCUCCCGUUGAUUCCGUGGCUAUAUCUCAAUAUGUUCCACGGACGAGCUCAAGUCGAGGUAAUCAAUGUCCUUCGCCGAGGAGAAGCUGGUCACGUCUCGAGACUGGCAGCAUUGAUGCCGUGCCACCCUACACCGUGGCAGAGCCAUCUGCACAGAGAUAUUGAUGCGUGGUUCUUGACAUGUGAACCGCCACUUGAAGCUUCGGAGUCUCAACAUAGGACGCAGCAAGAUCUGUUUUAUGCCUCACCAGUCACCUUCAUCAAGAGUACAUUCGCCCACGCAUCGCAGAAGACACCUAGGUCGGCGACGGAAGCGACUCCGUCGCAUCUGAUCCUCUUUGGAGAUCUCCUGCAUCAGACCGACCCCCACUCCAGCGGAACAGUCGAGCAUAUCUUGAGAGACAUGGGAUAUGAACAAGUUUGGAGUAUGUGGAACGGGUUUGACAUGGCACAGGAUGAUGCCAAGCGACGAGGAGGUGUUCGUAUAUGGGGACAUGCUUAG